AUGGAUUAUCGCGAACGGCGUCGGGGUUACGACGAUAGACAAUGGCGAGAAAGUUCAGAUCCGCGAGGCGGUGCGUGGGGCGGAACCGACGGGCGCGGGAAUUACCACGACCCGCCACCUCGCCGUGGGCACUCGAGGGAUCAUCACGGUGGAUUCGACGAUCGUGGUCGCUUGCCCGAGCGCGAGCAUAGGAUGCAAUCGAGGGAGUGGGAUGGUGGUCGCAACCACACGAACGACCGGUACGCGCCGGCACCCGAACGAAUGGAGCGAUACGGGCGAGAGGAGGAUCGAAAUGGCAGGAGGGAACACGUGAGAAGGGAGAGCAGCAGGGAUGCAUUUCGUAGGUCAGCCCGAGGCGACGACAGCGCAAGGAGGACAUCGGCAAGCAGGAAACCCGACUACAGCGAGAGCGAUAGUAGCGAGACGGAGUACACGAGGAAACCGCGUCAAUGGGACGUGACGCUGACUCCUCACGAACAGCUCGAAGCUCUUGACCUGUGGCUAAAGGCGAAUCCCGAGGUGGCGAGAGAGGUUGACGAACUCAACAAGCGUGCUUCAGGUGCCAACUCGCAGCAGCCUCCACCUUUCUUCCAAGACGGUGACUGGUUGUGCGUCACGUGCAAGGAGCACAACUGGAAGAAUCGCCUAGACUGUCGCACUUGUGGUGCGCCGGCACCUGCUGAGAAAAUAGCCGAGGUGCAGGCGCAAAAGGCCAGAGCGGCCGUCGCACAGGCAGCCCGGCCACAAACACAGAGUGCAAAAGCUGGAGAUUGGAUGUGCGUUGGGUGCAUGGCCACAAACUACGCCAGGUUGAACAGUUGCCACCGGUGCAGCAGGUCCAAGCCAAACGAGUGGGUCUGUGUCCUAUGCAACAGCAUGAACUCUGGUGCAGAGCUUACAAUAUGUCGGGUGUGUCCACCAGCUUGA